AUGGUUCAUUUUUCUGUUCCAUUUAUAAUAUUGGUUACGCAGCUUGUAACUGCAACUGAUAGACACAAAAUAGUCUACAAAAGCCUUCAAAGAGCAUCCGACGAGUGUAAACAAUAUAACGUCCAAGAGGAUUGUCUUGCUCGCUGCAUAACACUUGUUACACGUGAUUGGACAGAUUCAGACGGAUUAUCACCGGUGUAUGGUCGUUUCUUCCAUCCGAAUCCGAACGACACCUGUAGCGACAACCGCACCCAGAGAUGCCUCCAGAGUAGCGAUACGAAAGUUUCACGGUCAUCUAAGUGCACCCGAUCAUCCGAAUCGGUACAGUGCUAUUUGGACCAGUACGGGACGGUCAACACAACUGUUCCACAGUCGAUACGGUUUACCACCCUACAUGAUGCGCAGCUCGUUCUCGAGUGCGCUGCCAUGUUGGGGUAUGCGUCGUUUGAACAGCUGAAUGAAUUGCUGAACGAUGACAAUUUCGUCCGCCAGGAAACGCGAUGUGUGAUGCGCUGUUUCAUGAUCCGAUCGGGGCUUUAUAGCGAUUCGGCAGGUCUCAACAUGGCGCGGUAUUACGUUCUGUGUGGAGGAUAUGAAGAUAGUUUCUAUGAGCAGGUUGCUGAGUGUUCAGCCCGAUUGCGUCAAGAAGUUUCUUGUGACGAUAAGUGCACGCUAGCUCAGCGGUUGGCUAUCGAAUGCAUUGGAGUGGACUAUGCCACCUCAACGAUAUUGCAACAGAAGGGCAACUCGUAUGACAUUAUACAGGCAUAUCAGGGCAGUGAAGUGUAUAAUAUCGACGCCCAGAAUGCCAAUUCGAACGUCGCCUUGUCAGCGGUCCAGCAAAACAAAGCCAUUAACAUCGACAAUAUUAACUCGGACUUCUAUAAAUUCGGUGAUAAAAUAAAAUUUGAUUGA